GAACAGUGCCUUCGCGUCUCGGUUCCUGGGAGCAACCGGUGCGGGACGAUGCGACGGCGUUGCAGACAUGCUCAGAGGUGUUUACGGACGACAGCGACGCAACUCUGCCCUCAGCACUGUGCAGGACUUCGUGGAAACCACGAUAGUGCUCAGGAAAGAGCGGAACGAGCUUGGAAUAAGUAUCAUGGGGGGCAGUGAUACUUACUUGGAAGCCAUCUGCGUCAGUGAAGUACACAGAGACGGUGUCGCCUACCUGGACGGUCGAAUAAAGAAGGGCGACGUCAUUCUUGCGGUGAACGAGCUGUCUCUACGAGACGUGUGCUCGACGGACGCUGUGCGGGCUCUGAGAGAGGCACCGUCACCGGUGAGGCUCAUGGUACUCAGGGAGAACCCGCAGACUCUCUUCACUACCACCGAGAAGCCUUCCAAAUUCAUCACGGUUGAGAUGCGAAAAGCAAGCGUCAAGGACCGCUUGGGCAUCAGCUUCAUACAGAGAACAAAUGGACGGGGAGUCUUCAUAACGUACAUUCAACCUGGCAGCAUCGCCGCCCGGCACGGUCGCCGCGUCAUGCAGGGAGACCAGAUACUCGAGAUCAACGGUCAAAACGUGCGCGAGAGCAACCAGAAGGACGUCGCACAGAUGAUACACAACCUGGACGGUGCCAUCGUGCUGCUUCUGGGUCGGGUGCCCGCCCUGUACACGGCCAUCCAGGAGUGGGCCCGCAAGAAAGCUCAACAAAGCCUCCGAACGCGCACCUCAACGUGGUCCUCGUACACUGGAAACAACAAGGAGAAGCUCCAGAUACAGAGGCCCAGCCUUCCCCUGAGCAGCGAGAGCUACGUGGUGAGCCUGGGCAACUGCGUCACCUCCAUGCUGGUGGCCACCAGCUCCCCGAGCGGACCGGCCUCCCGGUCGAGGGAAGUGAGCCCGAGCUCCUCGCUGCGCCGUUCCCGGCUCAGCAUCGUCGCCGAAGACGUGCGACCCUCGGGCGGAGUCGCCCGGACUACGUCACUGGACGACGCCACGUCGCCCAGUGCUUCCGGUGUGCCCAGCAUCAUGGUCACCAGCUGCUGAGAGACGGCGUCCACCGUUGUGCGCUUCUUUUGAUUCGAGCCAGAAGGACACGAAAGAUGCCGUCGGGUAGUGCCGUCGCCUCAGGACUUGGGGCGUUGGACGGUUCGGCGUUUCAUCGAAGCGAGCCUCGCUCCUCGAAGCUGAUUGGCGCACCGAGCGCUUGUGGCGACCUCUGUCGGACGAUAUCUGAAGUAACCCCGGGAUCACAAGAGCUUGAGGCCGCGGAUUCGAUUCGCUAUAUUGAGACUUCGAAAGUGGUGACCUGCGGUUACAUUUUUUUUUCGGUGAACCUCGUGUACAAGGACGUACCGUGGUAAAAGAAGUGUCCCUCGUUAAAUAUACGGCAGGUGCAGCGCCAGAUGGGCCUAAGAUGCACUAGGGAGCACAUGAGGGACCGAGGCAUCGCUGCCUCUCUUGUGCAACGUUCAGUUUGGGUUGAGAAUGCAACGCUAUAACGUACGUCCCAGCCGGCGUUUGCUACCCAUUUCGGCAACUGCAGGUUUUUGCAGUAGAUCACACGAUUGUUCGCGGUGUGUCAGUACGCGCGACCGUUGCAACCGGUGGUGUGUUAAGUGACUCGGUUGAAGCACUCAGUGUAGUGCCGAGACUGACGCGUUGUUGCUUUGUUGUAGCAUCGUGCCUCUCCUCACAACAAAGGAAAGGCCGUCGAUUAAGCACCA